UAUCGAUUCAUUAUUGGUUUCGUCUUUGAUUCACUUACCCUAUCACGUGACAGUCACAUUGGUGUCCAAAAUGUCAGACACCGUGAAAGUUGAGUCUAAUGAAGAAACUCCACUUUUAGGCGCUAAAACAAGAAAAUCAUGUGGUCUUGCACAGAGGUAUGUUCUGGCCAUAAUGGGCUUCCUAGGGUUCGUGACGGCAUAUUCCCUGAGAGUUAACUUCAAUGUAGCUUUAGUUGCCAUGGUUAACUACACAACAGUUGAUAAUGUGACAUCAGAUGAUUGUCCUGUACCAAAGAAUCUAAAUUCCACAGCUGAACCAGCUAAGGCAGGGGAGUUUAACUGGACUGAGUAUACUCAAGGUGUCUUACUCAGCUCAUUCUUCUAUGGCUACAUAUGUACAAAUGUUCCUGGAGGUUGGCUUGCAAGCAGAUAUGGUGGGAAGUGGAUAUUUGGCAUUGGUGUCCUUGUGCCUGCCCUCUUGUCAAUGCUGACCCCUGUACUAGCUAGGAUAAGUGUAGAUCUGAUUAUUGCUGUAAGAGUACUAGAAGGAAUGGCUCAGGGUGUGCUGUUCCCUGCCAUGUGGGCAUUGUUAGGAAAGUGGUGUCCUCCCCUAGAAUCAAGCAAGAUUGCAGGCAUUGUCACUGCAGGCUGUAGUUUUGGUUCCAUCAUUAGUCAGCCUGUAUCAGGCCUUUUAUGUGACUAUGGGUUUGCCGGGGGUUGGCCUUCUGUCUUUUAUGUAUUUGGUGCAGUGUCCUGUGUGUGGUUCAUAGCCUGGUGCUUCCUUGUCUACAGCUGUCCUUCUAGUCAUCCAUUAAUCUCAACUCACGAAAGACUCUUCAUAGAGAGCUCUUUGGGUACAGUCAAGCAUGAGAAGCCCCCUCCCACCCCAUGGUUGGCCAUGAUGACCUCAUUGCCUGUUUGGACCAUUAUCGUGGCAACCAUAUGUGAUGACUUUGGUUUCUACACAUUGAUGACAUGUCUCCCAACAUACAUGAAACAAGUGCUUCACUUUGAUAUGACAAAGAAUGGGUUUCUCUCAUCUCUGCCUUGGUUGGUCAACUUCUUUGUGAAUUUAUUGAUCAUCUAUCCUGCUGACUAUAUCAGAGAACAUGGCAUUCUUCGCACCAGAAAUGCAAGAAAACUGUUUAACACUCUAGGUAUGGGUGGUGCAGGAUCAUUCCUGGUGGUGCUAGGGUUUUAUAAAGGCUGUGACUACUUGGUCCCUGUUGUCCUAUUGGUGGGAGCGUUGGCAAUGAGUGGUAUAUCUGUACCUGGUUAUAUGGUGAACCAUCUGGAUAUUGCCCCAAGAUUUUCAGGGUCAACUAUGAGUCUAGCUAACACUUUGUCUACCAUAAGUGGGAUGGUAGGACCUUACCUGGUGGGGUAUCUCACAAAUGGACAGCCGACGCAAGCUCAGUGGCAGAAAGUGUUUUUCAUAACAGCUGGAAUGUAUGGCCUUGGGGCAUUGACAUUCUUGUUGUUCGCCAAGGGAGAGGAACAAGAGUGGGCUCGUAACAAGGACAAGGAGGCAGAGACCAUACUUACAGAGAGCAGCGAGGAAACACUGGAGAAGAAACACUUGAGGGAUCCUCUUAAAGAUGACUCUAUUGUCAAUGCAUAAUCUUUAACAACUUUCCGUAUAAGGCUUUGUCUGUGGACAACAUGCUCACUUGUAUUAUAUCUUAACCAGUACAGAGUAGAUAUAACUAGUGUACACAAAUUGUAUUAUUAACCAGAUAGAAGCCCGGUAGAAUCUCUGACUUUUAUAAAGUCAUUAAUCUUUAAGGAAGUGACACCAAAUAGCAAAAAGUGUGGUUUUAAGUUAGAAUGAAAAACCACAUGUACAUAGAAAUGUUGGGGCAAUAAGCUCAUGAAUCUGGACUCGGUCAAUAUUUUGGUGGUGUCACAAAACAUAUUAAUUAUUAAAUUUUAGAUUGAUGCCCUUUCUCCUCCAAAACAUAACUAAAUAUAUAUUGAUUUAUUUCAAAUCUGUUUUCUUUCAAAAACCAUUGUACAAUAGCAAACCAACUGGACUACUUCCCAAAAAUGUAUUUAAUCACAUUUGUGGACAUGUAUCAAUAUAUUGACCUGGUUAAUGGGUUAGAAGAAAUAAGGUUCAACUUUGUAGUAUAAUGUAUGUGUAGAAGUUAUUUGU